UUCUCCCCAGAUUGUGUUUUUUUGUGCUUCCCCCAGCAGUCUUUGCUUCAAAGAAGACAGUGUGCUUUCCAAGUGAACAACAAGACAGAUCUGAAAUACACUGCUUCUGGUGAUGUGAUUGGAAAUGUGCAACACUGUAAAAACACCAGCUGCUGUGAGGCCAGUUACCAGAUAAUAAAUGAGCAGCUGAAGGUUGUAUCGCUUGCUUGUAGUGUGUUACAAUAUGAGCUCUGCCCGGAAGAAACCUGCAAGAGCCCAAACCACUUCAGGUAUCCGUACAUCAGGUGUGUUUGCAACACAGACCUGUGCAACAGCAACAUUACAGUGACUCCAGCAGGAGAGCAGCCGCUGCUCACACACUCCUUCUGUGCAGUUGAAGCCAUAAUGGUCGCAGUUCUUUGCACUACUGUCAUCAUAAUUUUUGCUUUGAGCUGGAGAAUACUCAGAGAAAAGAAAACCAAGAUGAAGAACCAAAAUGAAGAGGAGAAUCUACAGUCUUGCAACAUCCGGCCACCGUGUUCCUGUCAAACAAAAGCCUCCGAGAGCGACAUCACCGACAUUGAACUACAGGAGGUUGUGGGCCAUGGGCGCUUUGCAACUGUUUUUCAGGGSAGGUACAAGAACUCUGUGGUGGCUGUAAAGGUGUACUCUGCAGGCUGGAAGCACAUGUUCACUACAGAGAAGGAGGUUUAUGAGCUGCCACUGAUGGAGCACAGCRGGAUUGUUCAGUUCUUGGGUGCUGGGAGGAAACCAGAUGAUGGCAGUUGGAUCAUUGUUCUUCACUAUGCUGAAUUAGGUUCUCUUCAUUCCUUCCUGUGUAAACACACCAGCAGCUGGAUGAUGUCACUGAAGCUGUGCCAGUCCUUAUCGCAGGGACUUUCCUAUCUCCACUCUGACCUCCGGAGCCAUGGUGUGCACAAACCUCCUGUGGCCCACAGAGACCUGAGCAGCUUCAAUGUUCUGGUGAAAGCAGAUGGCACCUGUGCCCUUUGUGACUUCGGAUCCUCCACCGUCCUGCGGUUUUGCUCAGGCUAUCGUUUCUGGCAGAACCACGUGACAAAGAUGAAGGGUCAGGCUCAGUUCGGCACGCUGCACUACAUGCCUCCUGAGUUCCUGGACGGCUCUGUGAACCUGAGCAGCAGCUCCUUUCUCAUGCAGGGGGACAUCUACGCACUGGGACUGAUUCUGUGGGAGAUAUGGAUGCGCUGCACUGAUUUAUUUGAGGGUGGCAUUGCUCCACAGCAUCUGCUGCCCUAUCAGCUGGAGCUGGAAGCCAGUGUGACUCAGGAGAGGCUCUUUCUGAUCGUGUCUGAGAUGGACAAGAGGCCCAUCAUACCCGAUUACUGGGGGACGCUAUCACAGGGCUCUGCGAUGAAGGAGCUCCUGACGGCCUGCUGGGACCGUGACAUGGACGCCCGACUCACAGCUCCGUGUGUUGAGAACAGAUUAGUCUCGCUAACGUCUUCUUACCCACAUUGACCCUUUUAAAGUCUUGACUCAAUUGAUUUGUACUGCGAACGUGUGCUCUCUUUUUGUCAUUGCUUUAGUKGUUCACUUGGUUGAUUGUAAGAAGCUCACUGACUAACAAUUAAUGUGUAUGAUUUACUUAUAAACCUUCA